ACUGGGGAGACUUGGAGGCAAGAACUGCGCCGAGUAAGGGCGGACUUUGCUUUCAAGUGCGGCCGGAGGAGGAACCGGAGUUGGUGUGUCUUCACCGGAUGAUAAAGCGCGACGAUCGCCGGCGUUUCCACCCACCGGAGAGCGCGGUGCUAAUGUCGCCGAGCAGCCAACGGCGUUGAAGCGUUAGACUUCCCCUUAUCGCGCUGCCGGCAGAUACGUGUGCCCAGCGCUCCCCACGCAACCCAGCGUCUCCACCUCCUUCCCCAGCCCCGCGGGGCCUCGGAAUGGGUCCACCCCACACCCCGGGUUCAGCCCGUCUGAUGGUUUUGUUUUGUUUUACUUUAUUUAUAACUUAAUAGUCAGAGGUCUCUUUUUUUAAAUUCUCACCCAAGGAUAUUUUUCCCAUUGGUUUCUAGGGAGAGGGGGUAGGGGGAGAGAGAGACAUGGAUUGGUUGCCUCUUGCUCGCACCCCUCCCAGGGCUGGGGAACCUACAACUGAGGUCCCUGCACUUGACUGGGACUUGAACCCAGGCCCGCAGGCCCACGCUCUGAGCACUGAGCCAAAGCAGCCAGGCCUGUCUGGUGUUUUAGGGCAAACACUGAGAUGCAGACUCUCCGUCCUGGGACCCUUCAUCGACGUGUUAGUAGGAAAUGCUGAUGUAUGGGCCGACAUUGACCUCCACUCAGAUGACCCUUAAAAUGUCGCUUGCACUUUGCGAAAGGGUAACAGCAGGCCUCGGGGCUGAGAAACCACAUGCAUGGUAGACUGUGUAAGUGGGAAGAGUAGGAUCCGAGCUGAGCGUUCCGCUUUGAAAGCAUCGGGUAACGGGUAGUGUUUUUCCCACUUCCGCCCGGUCCCCUCGUGUUUGUGGCUGUGAACAGUGCUUUCUGUUGGAUGCUGAAUGGACCUGGUGAUACUUCAUCGCUCCCUUCAACUCAGUCCAGUCACAUGGUUUAAGUUUAUUUUCAAGUAGAUUUGCCUUCAUUCCAGUUCACCAAGGGGAAAUGCACCUGCUGAGAACGUCCGAUGUCGCGCAGGCCACGCUCGCCAGCGUAGCCCCCGUGUUUACCGUGACUAAAUUUGACAAGGAAGGAAAUGUGACCUCUUUUGAAAGGAAGAAAACGGACUUAUAUCAAGAAUUAGGUCUUCAGGCCAGAGAUCUGCGGUUCCAGCACCUCAUGAGCAUCACCACCAGAAACAACAGGAUCAUCCUGAGAAUGGAGUACCUGAAAGCUGUGAUAACCCCCGAGUGUCUGCUGAUCCUGGAUUACCGUCAUUUAAACCUGGAGCAGUGGCUGUUCCGGGAGCUCCCGGCGCAGCUGGCCGGAGAGGGCCAGCUGGUCACGUACCCUUUGCCUUUUGAGUUCAGAGCCAUAGAAGCACUCCUGCAGUACAGGAUCAGCAAGCUGCAGGGGAAGCUGCGCCUGCUGGAGCCCCGGAUCCUCGACACGUUGGAGGCGUUAGUGGACCCCAAGCACUCCUCUGUGGACAGAAGCAAACUGCACAUCCUGCUGCAGAACGGGAGAAGCCUGUCCGAGCUGGAGACGGACGUCACGGUGUUCAAGGAGGCGAUCCUGGAGAUCCUGGACGACGAGGAGCGGCUGGAGGAGCUCUGCCUCAGCAAGUGGAGCGACCCCGAGGUCUUUGAGCAGAGCAGCGCGGGCAUCGACCACGCGGAGGAGAUGGAGCUGCUGCUGGAGAACUGCCACCGGCUGGCCGAGGACCUGGCGCACGCGGCCCGCGAGCUGCGGGCGCUGAUCGACGACUCGCAGAGCGUCAUCUUCCUCAACCUGGACAGCCACCGCAACGUCAUGAUGCGGCUGAACCUGCAGCUGACCAUGGGCACCUUCUCGCUCUCGCUCUUCGGCCUGAUCGGAGUUGCCUUUGGCAUGAACUUGGAAUCUUCCCUUGAAGAGGACCACAGGGUGUUCUGGCUGGUCACCGGGGUCAUGUUCAUGGGCAGUGGCCUGAUCUGGAGGCGGCUGCUGUCCUUCCUCGGGCGGCAGCUGGAGGCUCCUGUGCCUCCGAUGGUGGCCUCCCUACCUAGGAAGACCCUGCGGGCAGACGGACGGCUGGACGCGAAGCCCAGCCUCAGGCCGGACGGGCUGGGGUCCAGCAGGAGCGUCCUCACGCCCCGGUGAGCGCGGCUCACACGGCAGCCGCUGGCGAGGCUGAGACGAGCACAGAGCUACGUUGUCGUCCGAGGAAGGCCCGCGCAGCGACCGCACUGGGCCGUGACCCGCUUCAGGGCUCUGAGGAGACCACGGGCUCCGGUCAGAGGCCAGGACUCUGCUCUGCAGCUCGCAGAGCUGCCUUACGGACGGGAGGCAGGCAGGCUGCCUGAACCGCGGGCUGUGGCCUGGACUGGACUUCCCGCUCAUCGAGGAAAGGAGCGUCCGCAGCCGCGGGGCGGAGAUGGCCUGUCCGCGAACUCCGGCUCAGGCGCCGAGGGCCGGCCACACGGCAGCCUUUCACUCCGCGGUCUGUGCUGGGAGCCGCUGCAGCGCCUCAGUUUCUUCUCUGCUCCCUCACAGACGUGAAUAAACGGGCAUGACCCUCUCACAUCA